AUGUCGCACUCGGCAUCGUUCAUGUCAGGCUCGGCCACUCCAGUCGACGAGAAGAAGAAAUCUCGUGGGCUGGGUCGUCUUCUUGGGAAACGUGAAAAGACCCCAGAACCCCGUUCCUCAGACUUGCCCGACUCAGCCUACGGCAGCAGCGAAGCCAAUAGUGCCACUGGCGCCCAUGGCACCCACACACCUAACGAGAUGGUCCCUGCCGAAAAGAACAGCGAGAUAGGAAACAUUGACCAGAACAGAAACCUUGCUCUCAAGCCUUCCACGGGAGAGGUUUUCGACGAGGAUACUGGAGAGGUUGUCACAGUCGUCACAACCACGACAACCACUACCACUACCACUACCACAAGAGGCGGAAAGAGACAUGAAGAUGUCAAGAAAGAUGUCGUUACACAAGAGGUUCACCCAAACUCUGGGAUGGAUACCGCACGACCUCCUUUGGCCGAGACUCCAGCACGGGCUCCUUUGCCAGAACCCUCACAACCUCCUCUUCUAGGAGCUCCCGCACGACCUCCAUUAUUAGAAAUGCCCGCUGGAUCCAAUGGUCGAACUCAUUCACCGCAGCCUGCGAUUACAUCAACAAACACAACCCAGCAAGCCCCACCACCAGUAAUAGGUGGCGGCUUCCGUCCAAAUGAGUCUCCCCCAGUUCCUGCUCGAAGUGCUAUGCGAAAGUCCGGAGAAAUCCAGCGAGAAUCAUACUAUGAACGGGAUCCAGUAAGUCCUGUUGACCUUCCUGGUAGCUUCCAUGGGCCAACAGGAUCGACACCUCCAGCCAGCCCAUCGAGGCAUAAUUUCAGCUAUCCUAGUCGAGCACCACCAUCAAGUUCAGUAGCACCUUCAAUUAUGACAACAGAUCAACCAGUCCGACAUAAUCAAGGCACGAUGAACGAUCUGAUGGCUGCUGCCAAAGGCAUCCAUGGAGUGGGUGAAACUUUGCGAGGAACACUAAAUUCCACCAUCGACCGAAGAUUCCCCUCUAAAAACGCAGAGAAAGCAGCACUGAUCAACGCACGUAAUGACAGCGUUCUUGCAAAAGGCCGGAGCGAAAUGGAAGCCGUACCAGGCGGAUGGCCUUCCCACGAACGAGCCGAUGUGGUAGAAGGGCAACCUCUUACUGAAGAGAAAUCUGGCAGUAUGAGGAAGCUUUUCAAACGGAAGCCCGUGGCAACACAAGGUACGGAAAUUUAG